UAUAUAUAACACGAUUGCACGCACAUUAGGUAUACAGCACCCGUUACAACAAACAUGUCGCGAGUGAUAAUAUUGUGUGCGCUUGCUGCAGUCACUGUAGCACUUGGGCCCCUCCCAUCCACGCCGACCCAGGGCAGUGUAUGGCCGAAACCGUACAGGGAAGAAAAGCAAGAUAAAGUCUUCUUUUACGAUUAUACCGACUAUUUUGUUACUCAGUUAAAUUCAACAACUUGUCAGAAAAUUCUGUUAAGGGCACUUGAUAGAAGCUAUACAAACUGGCAUAAAUUAGCGAAAAUAGUAGCCAAGAAUCACCCCAAACCCAACUCCACUCUACCAAGCAUGAAUAUAUUACGGGUACUCGUGACGCAACCCUGCGACGACAAUGACUACCCACAUGCUGAUAUGGAUGAAAGUUACAAUCUUACUGUUGGAACGGUUACAAAUGAAAGCUCACUCAAAAGUGCGUCUUUGUGGGGGAUAAUGCGAGGUCUAGAGACGUUCUCACAGCUGUUCUACAUUUCUGAUGAUUAUUCAGAGGUGCGUAUAAACGCGACAAAAAUCUACGACCACCCACAAUACUCGCACCGCGGUAUAAUGGUGGACACGUCACGGCACUACCUGUCGUUGAAUACGAUGUACAAGUUGUUGGACACCAUGUCCACCAACAAGAUGAAUGUGUUGCACUGGCACUUGGUCGAUGACCAGAGUUUCCCCUACAAAAGCAAGAAAUUCCCUGAACUGAGCAAAGAAGGAGCCUACUAUCCCACUAUGACUUAUAAGAAGAGCGCAAUUAGAAAAAUAUUCAGGUAUGCCAGACGACGUGGGAUAAGAAUCUUCCCUGAAAUUGAUACUCCAGGACAUGUAACUUCAUGGGGACUUUCACAUCCGGAAAUAAUGACGCAGUGCAAAGAGAGCCAUCGGCGGCCAUUGAACCCUGUCAAGAACGAGACAUACGACCUGCUUAGAGAACUGUUCAGGGAAGUGCAAGAUAUGCUCCCCGAUCGAUACUUCCACUUGGGAGGCGACGAUGUUCUUGAAGAAUGCUGGACAGAAGAUCCUAUAACACAGCAAUACAUGAAGGAACACCAAAUGUCUACGGACGACCUUUACGGACUUUAUAUGAACAACACUAUGAAACUGCUUAAAAACGACACUAUCCCCGUUAUGUGGGAGGAAGCUUACUUCAACAAAAAAACUAACAUGACUAAUGCGGUGGUGCAAACGCGGAAAUUUAAAACAGGAAUGGCGGAGAUGAUAAAAAAGCAUAUAAAUGUAAUAUACUCAACGGAGUGGUCCCUCGGCGAAGAUUUGGCUAAACGUUUCGAUGACUUCUACAAAUUUGAACCUCGGCUAAUUGCGUAUGACGCGACUGGGGACCAUUCUCUGGAUAAGUACAUUAUUGGCGGCGAGGCUUGUAUGUGGGGGGAAAUGGUGGACGAUAGUAACAUCCUGAGCAGAAUAUUCCCGCGAGCGUCAGCGGUGGCUGAAGUGUUGUGGAGCGUCACGAAUGGAACGAUUCCUGACGAUCUCUUUAAUCGCAUGGAGGAGCAUGCCUGUCGGAUGCGUCGUCGAGGGUACCCCGCUGAGCCUCCGUCCGGACCUGGCUCAUGCACAACACCCGACAACAUUUAAAGUCAAAAUCUAAAUCAUCACGAGCAUUAUUAAAACCGAGUCGUUUGGAAUAUCUCAAUUCCCUUACCUACGUCAUAUGUCAUGAAGGUUUUUAAUUCCGCUAGUGUAAAAUACCUAACCAUUGCCAUCGAAAACUGAUGUUAAAAUCCUUAGAUCUUACGAUUAAAGUUGAGAAUAUUUUA